AUGUUCAAAUUCAUCGCUGUCUGCUUUUUCGCUUUGUUGGCUGUUGCCGCCGCUAAGCCCGGUCUUGUAGCUCCUUUGGCUUACUCCUCAGCGUACACUGCUCAUUUAGCUUAUGCCGCCGCUCCUGCUGUUGUUGGUCAUGCUUCCUAUGUAGCUCCUUAUGCCUCCACCUACAAUGCCCAUCAUGUUGCUCACUCUGCUGCCUUCCCUGCCGCUUAUGCUGCUGCUCCAGUAGUACACUCUGUUCCUGCUGCUUAUGCCGCUGCUCCCGUAGUACGUGGCGCUUAUGCUGCUACUCCCGUUGUCCAUGCCACUCCCGUUGCUGGCCCACUUUUGUUGAAGAAAUAG